UCAACAGACAGGGAACAACACAUAGCGUUAUUUCAAAAGUCCUGACUGCUACUGUGACAUGCUUUCAUCUGUUGUAACCAGUAUGUUUCUCGGAAUGUCGAAAGGAAUAGUUUUCACCUGCGUCUUUUUCUGGAUGACCGGAUCCAUUGGAAUUGCAUUUGGCGAAGAAGGAGAGGUUUUCACGGAGAAAAGAAAUCACGACCUUUAUAGAUUCGGUCUCGGUAAAAGAAGAGAACAACAUACUGGUGAUGACCUUCAAGCCAAACGAGCUGACCCUGUGUACGACUUCGGGCUAGGGAAGAGAAAUGUAUUCUUUUAUCCUGACGAGCCUCUUUCAGAAGACGAAAAUUUGUUUCUCAAAUACAAUGACUUCUCUCAACAACUGGAACCACUUAUCUCAAAUUACAAAAAUAAACACGGUUUCAUCUACGAUUAUGGACUGAACAAAAGAGAUGCCGAGAAAGAUCGAUUUUCUUCUGGUUUGGGAAAACGGAACGAAAACAGUUUUAACUUGGGUCUUGGAAAACGCAUUUUUUUAGAUUCUUUUUUACCGCAAGAGUACGAAGAUUUUAUUAAAAGGCGGUUUCAUUUUGGAUUGGGAAAACGCGUGAAUCGAGAGUACAACUUCGGUCUAGGCCGAAAGAAAAGAGAAAUCGACCUUUUUCUUUAGAAUGAAAUGGUAACAAGUUUCGUUUUAAGCGUGACUCUACUGACAUAGAAAAUAAACUUUCGGUCAUUUGUUAGUUUAAAGUGUCCUAUUCUAAUAUCAGUAACAAACAGAAAAAGUGACUAAAGAAUUAUUAACUGUUAACUUUUAAUCCCUGUAUAUCGCUUCAACCGCUUGUAUGUUAGUAUACAUGUUUCUAUUUGGUCACAUGACAGAACCUAAUAAUUGUAUUUUUCCUGCUAUAUUUUUAUUUUUUUUUGUUUGUGCAAACUUUCAAAAAGGGAUUAUCUGACCAAUAUGGGAAUAUUUUUAAUUUGUAACAUGAG